CAGGCUAGUCCAAAGCAUCGCACGACCUGCGCCAUGCUCACCUGUCAGUUGAACAUGACAUAUUACCCACCCGAGCCAAGUAAUGCGAAGUGCAGAGAAAGAAGCGAGACACGGUGCCAGAUCGAAAGGAGACGAGCCUCAGAAAAAGCAAUUUACAGCGGCUGCUGCUAGUGCUACAGGGAUCGUGGGCAAUAGAAAACGGAAAGGUCUGAUUCCGGAAAUCUGGUUCUCCUCGCUGUGAUUACUUUCGAUGUCUACUGCUUACAGUUGGUACUGCUUUGCUGCCCACUCACCCCCCGUUCCAGAGCGCAACGCCCAUUGUCAGAUCGGAGCAAGGCUCCACACGGCAGCCCAGCAGCGCUGAGCCUCUGCCGUGCGCUGGCCCACGCCCCUCCGAAAAACCAAAAAAACUGCGCUAGCUUUGCACUUCACAGCUGAGCUUCCAGCAUGGGUUGGGCCCGUUGCGUGGGGUCCUUUAGUGGUUGGCUUGGGUGCAUGACGCGAGAUGAAUCCGGCUUCACCACCACCGGGUCUUUUAGGUGUCUUGUCCGUAGUGAGCACAGCACGUUUCUGCUUAAGAAAUUUAAUCACACACCGGUCUUUUGUGUCUUUUGCUAGUGUGUUGUUUUGCGCUUGCUUUGCAUAUCCUCGUUUUAUUUGCUUUCCUUUUCCGGGUGCUUCCCUUUUCUUCAUAUACGUCCAGCUGCCGCACCACCACCACUGCCAUCCCCUCUUGUGUUUUUGGCUUUGACUUCCCCGUACAGUACCCAGCACCUGCCACGCCGUUACAGCGCCUUACAGCUACAGCUGCCGCUAUAGUCACCACUGCAAGUACCACCAAACAGCGCGCGUACAUCCACUCCGCCGUAUUCCUUCCGCCGCUAUCGUCCUCGGUUUCCUCGCUCCUUCAGCCAGUCACACCAGCCAAAUCAACAUCCUAGCGCAAAAAUCGCCUUACACACGUCGCCCUCUCGCUCCUCCAUCCAUCAUCAGUCCACGGCUGGCGCCAUCGGCCCAUUCAGCCUCGACUGACUCUUGUUUCAUUGUCAACUUACUCAUUUUUUUGGGGGGGAGCGGCGAUACACACGAGUGUUAAACGAAGCAUUUUACGGAGCCCAUCGCGAAUAAUACUAUUAAUUUUCUUGGUACUUUGCUUGCUUGCCCGAUUCGCCCAACAUUGCAGCAAACAUUAGUUUUUUUCUUUCACUACCUGCUUGCAGCAAGAGAAUCUGCAACAGAGAAAGCGACCUUAUAGGAAAAGCCACGAUAUCCUAUAUGCAACAAAUCUUAGAUCAUCGCUGUGAACAAAGAACAUCCCGACACAUUCACCUCUGCCCUACGGCAACCUUACACAGCCCAGCCCAAGCCCACGACAACGCCAUUCGCAUUAUCCGGCUCUCGUCCCUCGGCUGAACAAAUUCCAUCCCAUCCCACUUGACGCUCGCUCUACGUCGCGUGAGAAAGGCCGCCGCGCCCCCGCGGAUUAUGUCCAUUUUUAGACGCUUUUAAGGCCCGACUACUACACCACUGCGAUCCACAGCCAACCAACCAUACCCAUACGCCGCCGGCCCAGACUAACAUACAAGGGCACCAGCACCAAAAAAAAGAAGGCUGAACCCGAACCCGGGUGUUUGAAUCGCGACAUUGGCUGGCACACCCUACGCAUCUCGAUACGCACCAAUGGCUGACCGCCGUCCAAGCACCGACGGCCACGCAUGGGCCCCGGCCAAGUACUUCAAUACUCAGCAUCCCGCCGUCGCCAUUGUCCAUACGGCUUUUGCGCUGCUUGGCUUCCUCGUCUUUCUUCAAUACACACUCAUCAGCACCCGCGGCGUACUCAAAUAUCUCUCGAGCCGCUACUGCUCCAUUCAUAACCAUCGUCGUCGCCGCGCUUCACCGCUCUCAUCGUGGUCGUUGGAUGCCUCUGGCUGCCAGGUUGACGAAAAGGCUCCCUCUCUCUCUUCUUCUUCUCCCAUCUCCUUUCGCUCUUACACAGCAUUCACAAUGCACAGCCAACUCGGCCUUCAAGGCCCUGGUUCUACUUCCUCAUCACCGGCUACCAAGUCGACCGAGUCGCUGCGAAGCAGCAAGCAGCAGCACCAACAACAGCAGCCUGCCCUCUCGCUCCAGACAGACAGCGACAUCAUCCAACGGCACUUCAUCACACGCCUUCCCCCGGCGCCGCCUCUGACGCCUCCGGAGCUGAGCUCGACCAUCUUCACCAGUGAAGACCGCCGCCAGAACCUCGAGAGCUUCAUGCACCAGCCCAAUCCCGACUACAUGGCCGAGACGGCCGAGUCCGAUUCCCUGGUGAUGUCGCAGCCCACGCGCCGCUCUUACACAAAAACGCUGCCCAUCAGCAUCCCUACGCCGCAGACAUCGACCAUGUCCACGGCCCCCGACGCCGAGCAGCUCUUCAUCAGCAACGAGGGCGCCGCCGCCACGGCCUUCUCGCCCAGCUCGUAUCCGCCCAGGAGCCCCGUCUUGCCACCAGCUCCCCCCGGCGCUGCGCCUAGCACUCCUGGUCAUGAUGCCUCACCUCGCCGAAACAUCGACAUCAAGGGCGAGAUUAUUUCCGCCGUCGACGGCCAAGGAGCAGGGUGGACUCGCCAUACGCGGGUCUAUGGUGGCGGAGUAUGCUUAGCCUGUCAGUCGUCGGGCGCACAGCACGGCCACGGCGGAUUCUACGGCGCCAAUGUGCGACCAGAGGAGAUGCGCCGCUGAAAAAAAAAAGAAACCUUGGUUCUGUUUCCACUUUGCCACUGUCCACCAGGACUGUUCUACAGUAUCGGCUGCCUAGCUCGAUUGCCCGACGACGCCGUAUACUACACCAAGGCUGAAUGAAUGAACGCACGUUCCAUGUCAGACGCAGCAAUGAAACGACAUGGACAAAACACCCCCCCUGAUGAAUCGACAUAUUUUUCGUCAAAUACGUUGUUUUCUUUUCAAAAUUUCUCGCAUUUUGUCGCAUUUUUGUUGUGUCUUUCAGCGGUUUCCGGGCUGGUGAGCCAGGUUCUCUUUUUUUUUUGGGUUUCCCCAGCGUACAUCUUACACGGCUUUCCAUUCUUGGAAAUGGGCGUGUCGUCUUUUCCCUUCUAGACUGUUUGAUAGCCGGUCACAUUGCCCACCUUGGGCCAUGAAAAUCUGUAAAUAGAAUUGGGCUGCUUUUAUUGGCUUGGUCGGAUUUACCCGUUUGGAACACUAUUUUCUCGGUCUUUGUUUUUUCCCUUUCCUUCUCACGACUAAUGACGACUUAUGGGCAGCAGCAGCCUCAUUCUGUGCUGGCAUACCAUGUUUUUUUUUGUUGCAAGAGCACAAAAGGAAAUGACGGGAGGCAAUGCGUGUGUUUUUUUUCUCUCUCAUGAUCUUUAGUCUAAUACGCGGUAUCCUUUAGAAAAAACAGGAAAGAUCUUCCCUUUACUUUUGACCCCCUCUAUGUGUGUAUGUUUCUCGUUCAACAUCAGUCAGUUUACGAACAGUAGGGGAAAAAAAAGCCGACGCUCGGGAGUAUUCGCCUCGUUUACGACGAGACAACAAAAGCCACACAGAGUUUGGUCGUCUUACUCAACUGCCGAGGGAGAAAUUGACAACGGCUCUUUUGGAAAUCAUUCAUCAUCAGGCUCUGGAGCGGCUGCAACCCUGAAACGCCAAACAGCAGCAGCACACCCCAGUUGACUUCAGCCGCCCUACGAGCAGCGAAUUACAUGGAAAGAAGUAUGUUGCACAAAAUCGCCCGAAAAAAAAAAGGGCUGGCUGGCUGGCUGGCUGGCUGGCCACUGUUGUUGCUGCCGUCGGAUGGGACCAAUAGCAAACCACGCGGACCAGACUUCAUUUUCCUGAAAAACACGUUCGCGAGAACUUUCAGAAGAAAGAGGAGGCAUCUGACGUAAGUUCCCGAGAGGCAAAACGUCCGACUCCUUCUUUUCAGCCCUGUGAGGCUGGCUGGCUCAAGAUGACGCCGCCCUCCAGGUGGGUUUCUCAAGUCGUCAUCGCCCGAGCCGGCCCUACGUCUGUUUUGGAAUAGGCUCGCCGAACGAAAAUCGAAAGCUAGUAAGCUUUUUUGCUGCCAGCCACCCGAUGAGGGCAGGCAGCUGUCUCGCAAGUAGGGCCGAGCCUGGCGUUUCAUCUUUUACCUUUGUCCGUAGGUGGUUGGUGCUGAUGCUGCCGCAGCGUUCGGCUGCGGUCCCAAAGUGGAAGUGUUUUUUAGUACUUGCUCUCGGGGGGGUUCCUCGGCCCAUAGUUAGUGCUCGGAUGGCUCGGGGCUAUCAGGAGCCCGAUUAGAAGGCUCGCCGAAGAAGCUGGAUAAUUGGGCAUAUAUCUCCUGCUUGGCAUGUUGCAUGAUGUUGGGGGGAGGGACCACGUCACGACGCGGCCAGGCUUUCUGGAGCGUGUGUGAUGAAGCGACUAAACGAAUGGGGGUUAGUUGGCUGGGGCCUUGCUUAGCCUUGCUUUUGAUUUGUAUGUCGUAGUGGUAGCCGUACCCGCGAAUGUGUGGUUUUCUCUAGAUAAACGUCGGCAGCUUGUUAGUCAACAUUAACCAUUGGAGGGUAGCUAGAACAAUGUAGAGUGCGACGCCACAGCACAUCAAACGGCGAGGCAUGCAACACUGGGUGAGCCAUACUGACCUCAGUUACAGAAUUACGUACUCA